AUGGAGAAGGAAUCUAAUAAUCAGCUACCGAAGUGGGAAAAUGGCUGGGGAGCUCGACACACACAGAUUUUGCUUUACUUUGCCUGCAUCUCGGUGGUCUAUACGUUGAGGUUGAAUCUUACAUUGGCUGUAGUUGCAAUGACAACUUCAACCUACAAGACGGUUCCUCUGGGUCCAGCUGAGAAAGCUCUUGUCUUGAGCAGUCUUUUUUGGGGAUAUGGAUUACUCCAAACUAUCUUGGGAAAUUUGGGCAGGAAAACUAAUUCUGUGAGAGUAUUAUCUUGCUGCAUCUUGACAUCUGCCGCACUGUCCCUGGCUACUCCCUUGGCCGCUAUUCACUUUGGGGCUGUUGGUAUCAUUGUUGUUAGGGUACUGAUGGGUAUUAUACAGGGUGGAGUCUAUCCUAAUAUAAAUAAUUUAUUAUCAAUGUGGGUGGUUCCUCAAGAGAAAGCCGUACUGGCUCCCUUAGUGUUUAACGGAAUUGCGUGCGGAACUUUCGUGGCGAUGGUUGGUUCUGGCGUCUUGGCCGAGAGAUUUGGGUGGCCUUCAAUAUUUUAUAGUUCAGGAAUACUUGGAAUUGCGGUUGGAGGACUAUUACUUUAUGCCGGAAAAUGCUGUCCGAGCGACCAUAAAGGAAUGUCUAAGGAAGAACAAGAAUUCUUGAGAAAUAGUUCAGGAGAUAACAGCAUUGAGACAAUGAGAAAGUUGCCAGUUCCUUGGAAAAAAAUUAUUACCUCAGUGCCAGUAUUAAUACUCACAAUAACACAUUGGUGUAAUUCCUGGGGUUACUGGACUAUAAAUACUCUUACGCCCACAUACAUGAAUGGUGUCUUACGUUUCGAUGUACAAAGUGAUGGUUUCUUGUCGGCUCUUCCACCAUUGACAAGUUUGCUGCUCAGUAUUUUCUUUACAAUGGUAUCUAUGAAAAUCAAAAACCUCAUACCACCUAUAUAUGCAAAAUUUAUGUGGAACAGUCUAGGCAUGUACGGUAGUGCGUGCGCCCUAAUUGUACUGGCAUAUGUCCAAGACACAACCAUCGCUGUUGCCCUCAUCACAGCAGGAAGUGGAAUUACAAUAGCUUGCAACUUAGGUUUUCAGUCAAAUCACAUAGAUCUUUCUCCGAAUUUCGCCGGAAUUUUAUACUCUUUCACCAACUCAGUGGCCAAUUUCGCAUCUAUAUUUGGACCUCUAAUUUCAACUUACUUGAUUAAGGAUAUUAGCGAUGUUAACGAAUGGAGAACAGUGUUCCUGCUGGCAGCGACCAUUUUAAUUCUGGGCAACACAUGUUUUCUGUUUUGGGGAACCACAAAAACACAGCCAUGGAAUGAAAGCGAAAUUGAAAAAACACAAGUUGAAUGA